UGCUUUCUGCGUCUGCUGAGGGCCAAGUUUUAGCAAAGAUGAUGUCUAAGAUAGCGCUAGUUCUCCUCCUGGCUGUGAUUGGCGGAAGUGACGCACGAUGGUACCUGGUGACCUCGCACCCGCACGUCGUAUUGGACGUCACGACUGAUCCAGCCUUGACCUGCAAAUAUACUUCUGGAUACUAUGACUUUUCCCAAAUCUCCAGGAUCCGGAUCCUAAAAAAUGACGCUGGGAGUCACUGGGAGUUGGUUGCAGAAGUUCGAGACACAUCUCCCGACGCCCCAACUUCCAACACCGGUCUGAAGGUCAGGGGUCAUGUCGGAUCAGAAUGGAACAGUUUUCUGGAAAUAUCCUGGCCUACAGCAGAGAUGAAUACGUUAGGCAGGUAUAAAUGCGAAGUUAUGGGUUUCGACUCUGACUCUAUUGCCGUCAUUCGAGAUACUCCUAUCCAACUCAUGGUAGAAGACACAGUCAACGCAACGCAAGUUUUGCAUCUCCUGCUGAGAGAGCAGGCCGAACUCCAGCAUGAGAUCACUGAGCAGAGAGACAACUGUACCAACACAGUAAAUCAACUCGAGAGUGCCAUCGAUGACUUGGAAAAUCGGGUCUACCGAAUGGAGGCCUCUCAGCGAAGUAGGACGUGGCCAAAUGGGCUUUACGGACUUCUUUCUCCAAAUACAGGUUGCCCGAACAAUGGCAUUGACUCUUGGCGAACUGGUCAAUUAAAAAUGCACACAGAGUCGUCAAAUAGCACCAAUCUCAAUAGUGUGUCGACUCCGAAUAACUUUGCCCAGCCCAUCUUUGAAAGCUCCAACUCAGACUUAUUCAUGAACCAACAUUUCUGUGUAAAGGAAAAUGUCGGAAUCUUUUCAGAUUGGCCCCGAGGUACCUACUGUAUAAACAAACGCGACUCUGGGUCAUGUCCCAAUGGUUUUUCUUCCGGGUACAUCCGUUUCGAUGACGAAGACAGCGAUAGAGCUACCCAAACAAGUGGAAAUGUUCCAGAGAUUGUUAUAAGUGGUAGUGAUUAUCAGAUAUACUACUGCUGCAGAUCGGACUCAGCCCCAGGAGUCGCGAUCUCUCUACCCACGGAGAAUCCUUUCUACUUGUACCGUUACAAAGGAACAUGUCAAAGGGUUUUAGGGAUGACAGUAUCACAGCAGUAUAUGUACUUUGACACAGAGGACAGUAGUAAUCAAGACAAGUAUGAAAACCUGAUCCACCCGGAUGGCAUGGCCGACCAUAAUGUUCGUAUCGAAUUAUGUUACUACAGGUGAUUCCAGUACAAACGAAAGAGUCGGAAAGCGUUUUAUGAACAUGACGUGGGUAUACAGCAUUACAAGACAAUGGUCUCCUUAUCAAGGACGAAAUUGGGAAACAUAAUUUAUGAAGACAAAAGAAGAGUUAAGCGCCCAACGUAACUCAGAAAAAUAAGAAUGAUAAAGCAAACAAUUUGUACAGAAUAAAAAAAAAAAGGAAAGCAGACAUUCUCAAAACCGUUAGGAAUAUAAAUAGCCGGCUAAAAGGAGGAUAAAAAGAAAAGUAUUAAACGAUAAGCUUUUUCUUUUUUAAAUUUUUUUUUCGGGGGGGGGGGGGGGGGUUAAAUGAAGUAGAAGAAACGCGUUUUUGGGCGAGCAUAUGGCUUGUGGGAGUUGGUAAGGAUUGCCGUGCACAGGGCAAUUUUAGUUCCGCAACAGUUGCUGUCUCCAGGCAACUUAUUUUAAACACCGCGCGCAAAGAGCUUAGCGACAGCCAGGCAACAGUUACUGUAGGCUAUCAUCAUUACUGACUUCCUCAUUUGACGCCAUGGACUUCCACGAUUUGUGAAUGCACUUAGAAAGAAGAAAAGGAAAAAGCGAUUUUGGGUUCACUCUUUGACCAGUCAGAGGUUUUUAAAAAGGGCAUUUUGUCAAACUGCAAGAAGAUUUGAGAGCAUACCCUCCCAAGAUAACCCCCC